GACAGGAAGUGGAUUUAGCUACACCUCCAGAUUACUGCCUGGGCUUUUCUGGGCGAGGGGAAACCGCCGUCGUUCCGUUUUUUGGCGCAGGAUAUGGUUUUACAUUGAUAUAUUUUAACGAUUAGAAACGCGGUUAUACGUGGGAAGUGCUUGUUUUGUCCGGUCCCCCCCGUUUAUAAUCGUAAAAAACGAUGAAUGGUAAAUCGGCGAAUGGUACGGUGGGCGGCAUGGCCUGUAUCGACGGUCUGCCGCCCCUGCCGAAGAGCCUGAGCGGCUUGUUGAACUCGAGUGGUGGCUCUUGGCGAGACAUGGAGAGAAUGUAUGUGAAGAAAACCAUGAUCCAAGAUGACCUGAGCCGAGGGCGAAACAACACCGACCAUUUUCUGACCAACAAGCCGGCCAACCUCGACGCGGCUCUGGCACUGCUCCGGAAAGAGAUGGUGGGCUUGCGUCAGCAGGACAUGUCGCUGCUGUGCCAGCUGUGGUCGCUGCACGAGUCCAUCCAGGAGUACAAGGGCAGCUGCCAGGACCUGAGCGCCGCCUCGGGCCUGCUGGAGAACGGCUACUUCGACGAGGACGACGAGUACUACGGCGAGCCCGGAGCCACGCCCACGGGCGAGCUGCCGCCCGACAGUGACGACGGCGAGGGCAUGGCGGCGGCGGUUCUGGGCAGCGCCGGGAAAAACGGGAGCGGUGGCGGAGGUGGGAAAAACGGCAUGGGAGGAAGUAAGGAGGCUGGAGGAAGCUGGCUUCAAGACUCGUUCCACGUCACCAUCUGAGCGCUCUUACGGGCGGCCGAUACGAACACAGACACACAAGAUGUGAUGGUUGGGUUGGGUUUGGUGGACGAUGGCGUUUCCCGGGGACUGGCUGGAGGGGGUUGGGCUUUACGCACCCCGGGACUUGGUAGGCCUGGGAUGGAUGUUGAAACGGACCGAGGGAAUCGUGAAUCUUUCCUCACGCAAGCACACAAGGGAGAAGGAAAAAUCUGCUUGCGUUGGGGAAAAGCUUGGUUUCAUUUUGAGGGACGGAUUUGUUUAGUUGUUUUCUUCCUCUUCUGCCUGACCCGGUGCCGUAUGGAUUCUAGGGAGGAGAACUAUCAGCCUCGUCUCAAUCACAUGGGACUGGAGUUUGAUUGGGUCUUUCAUCCUUUUUUAAAGACUUAAAAUUGAGGCAAUACUCAAAUGCAUUGUUAUUUUCCGAACUGCUCUUCAACUGUAUUCUCUUUUUCUAGCCUAUCCUUCAAAUUUUUUUUUUGGACAUAUAAAGAUAUAAACAAAUUUAUAUUAUUUAUUAUCUAAUAUAAAUAUAAUUUUUCUUUUGAACUAUUAAAUUCUCAAAAAAAAUAAUAAAAGUUGUUUUGGGAUUCCAAGUAUCCGUUAUAGCAUUUAGCAGGCUACUGGUACUUCCUUAAUCAAUGGAGAUGUUGUUUCUGAACCUGGACAUUUGAGUUGGCUGGUUGGUGAGAAGACAUUAUCGAUGCUUAGGAACUAGAGUGGUUAUGCUUCUAGUACUAUAAGGUCAAAUGAUGUCCAUAUUACACAAACCAAGCCUUUGAUUAAUUGGAUACCUUGCAUACAAAGGUAUACAGUAAGAUGUGUUUGCACUGGUUCCCCUCGACAUGUAGCAGUUUGUUUUUUCUGAAAUAUUCCAAAAUCCUAGCAUCCGAUCAUUGUCUUGAUCAUCACCCAUAAUCUGUGGGUAAACCAUAUCGCCUUUAAUCAUCUGAAUACAGGGUACUUUUAUAACCAGCUGAGAAUGUUUCCCCUGCUUGUUCAUACUAUAAAUAUUCUGUAUGAAUUAUGCUAGCAACACAUACUCUGCAGCAUUUAGCCAGUCAAAGCCUAUGCUUUAGCCACUCCAAAUAUGCAAACAUUUGGGUUAUAUGCGGAUGUACGCAACAAGGUGUUGGGGGAUUGGGGACGUGUUUAAUUAGCAUGGUGGAUUUAAUGCAUUUUUUUUAAAAAUUGGUUGAUUGCUAGUGUAGUAAUUGUAUUGCAACACCAAAUAUUUUCUCCAAGUAAACAUUUGUCAUGUUACUGUGGUCAAUAAUGCAAAAAAGGAAGUUACUAAAAUGGUUUUCUCUUUUGAAAUGGACACCUCCGAUAUCCUAUGUUGACCACCACUAAUUAUUUAUUUUUUUGAAAGCCUAGAAUGGGGCUGCCAAGGUUCCUGUAGCCACCUUAUCAAUGCAUCUCUAUUUCCUGGCAUAAUUUUACAGCAUAUUUGAGUAAAACACUCGCACCAAAAAUCAUAAGUUAUCUGAACCUUUCCAUUGUCAUUCUCCAUAGUAGAGGCUGAAACUAGCCACAAUGUCUGGACAUUCCCUUUUAUGUUGAGGGAAGGAAAUUACCAAUCUUUCGGAUCCCUAAAGCAAGGCCAACUGCUUUAAAUACCAGGACGUUUUUAUUUUGCCAUCUCUAUAAAAUUUCUACCUAACCUGUUGCUGACAUGUUUUCAAUGAUGCUCUAUAGGUGACUACUUGCCAGUUUUAUUGACACCAAGAGGACAUUCAAAAAACACUCAAGUAAAAUGAUAGUGUUGGUGUAACCAGACAAAGCAAUGUUCAGCGUAAAAUGCCCUUUGCAUUGCUUGUGACGCAAUUGGUAAUGUUGUUCGAAUGCAUUUUAUAGUUACGCAAUUGUAAGGAAUGUUUCAACAGCAAUGUACUUUUUAUAUAAAGAAAAGGGGCUUGACAUGUGGCUGUACAAUCUGUAUUGGUAUGACUGACAUGCAGCAUAAUGCUGAGGCCUCAUUUGGCAUAAAGCAUAAGGAGCUGAAAUUCCUACUUUGUAACAUUUUAAUUGGAAAGUAAAUGCAGUAUUAAGUACUGACCUAAUCAUGCAACCUUAUUCAGGGUUGUGAUAUCAUUUUAACUGCACAACGUAUCAAGCACCCCCCUGUCACAGGCCCACCACUGGAAAUGAGCCAGCACUAGAUAGUCUAUCAGGAGAAAAUUAAUGUUUUCCUUGUGAACCUUUGUGGCCAGACAUUCAUUGUUGCAAAUUUUAAGUCCAUCCAGACAAAGUCCCACCCGGCUCCAAGAGGCUACCUGAUAAUACAUCUCUAUAAAGACUGUGUACUUUUGAGAAUAUUACCACUUACCUCACACAUAUCCGAUGGUGCCCCAAUAAACCAACAGAUCGCCCAAAUUGCUUGAAAGUAAACUUUCCAGUUCGGCCAAUGUCUAACAUAAUUUAAUUCCCUUUGCUUUGUGGGAAAAAACCAAACUCAUCUGACUUGUAAAGCCUGUUAUAUCAUAGUGCUUAGCCUGGUAGCAGAGUUCACUCGAUUUUUGAAUCAGGUCUUUCCUCGCAUGGCUCCACAGCGUGUGAUCAGUGCCUUCAUGAGCUCGGUGGUCGACAGGCCGACCGCCUCUGUUAUGGUUCCGAACAGUGGUAACACAUUACAAUUGGGGUGCAUUCAUUUACCAUUAAUUAACAUUAUUUAAUGCAUACAUUUUAACUUACAGUUAGCUGAUGUUCUAGUAAUCCCUUACUAAUUGUCUUCAUAAUAAGAUGAUAUGAUUUAUACAAUAUAUGUUAGGGUUAACCCUAACCCUUAUUCUAAUGUUAUAUCAUGAUGCUUAUUAUUGCCUCAACUAAUGUUAGUAGCUGGUUAAUAAAGUCCCCUUAUUGUAAAAUGUUACCAAAGAAAUUAUGUAAACACGGAAUCAAUGUUCUCAUGUUUGAUGUACUUGAGAUGCACCUAGUUUAACCUUGCAGAGGUUUUUGUGUGAGUUUGUUAUUGCAUAAGCUAAGGUAAUGCACACUUGUGCUAUUUCUCGUUUUGAAUGGUAUAUCAGACAGUUUCUUUGCACACACCUCGUACUUCGGUUUUGAUGUCUUGUUUGGUCCCCAGUACUUGUUACAAGCUAUGAUUGUUAUUGAACAAGCACAUAGUGCUCAAUGUACUGUAUUGGUAAUGUAAAAAAAAUGAAAAUCGAAGCCAGCACAGCAAACAUAUGUAAUGCAAGCCUUACAUUUUACACCAGCAAAUGGUAAUUCAACAACAGUCCGACUAAUAUUAUCAGUUGAAUAGUAUGGCUGUAGAUCAAUCAAAUUGUAUUAGACCAAGGAUUCCCAUAAAGGAAGUGAAUGAAAGUCAAAUUAAUUCAGUUGCGCACUUUUGCCAUUCAAUUUGAUGACGCCUGUUUUAUAUCUUGAGUGUUAUUUUGGCAUAAUGAAUUGUGACAUGAAUUCAUCUCUAACUGUACACCCUAAAUAUACCCUAAACGUGUAGCCAAAUAUAAAUGCCAAUAACAGGGACAUAAAUCCCUGAACUGACCGAGAAAUGUAAAUGUAAAAA